AUGCAGCUGCAGUGGAUGCUGUUGGAGGACGCCGUCGUCUCCGGUGACUCGACAGCGACACACUUACUCAGUUUUCUGGCAAGUGCACGGGGGUCCCCUGUGGUCGCUCUGGCUCGCCUGACAAAGGGCGUGGGUGCCAAGGAUUGGCGCAACAUCUCGCCAGGAGUGGCGGAGAUGUUGAUGCGCGAUGUGCCGGAGGCGGUCGAAGUCUAUGACGACAAUUCCGAGGAGGAGGAACAGGGUGUGGUGGCGUGCCCGUGGACAGAACAGGCUGAGGCCGCGGAGUUGGAGGCGGCGGCAAAUAUCUCGCACGACUUCGUCGACGAGGAUCCGAUUGCGGAGCAGCCUGAUGACGAUCACCUGGACGAGCAGGCGGAUGCGAACGAGGAGGUGCCCCAAAUCCUCUUCGACAGGGUCAACCCAGUGGCAGUCGAAGAGAUUGGCAAGCGUGUUCUCAGCAAGGUCUUCAGGACAGGCAACGGGAACGGCCCGACGGUGAUGCGCAUCUGUGGAGAUAUCCUGGCACAGUGCACACGUGGGAAGGUGGCCGGGGCGAGGUGCUUUCGCACUACGUACAGGGAGGAGAAGGGGAUGGUCGCCAUCGGCAAAAAAGGCAGGCGUUUCUCCGGUCACGUGGAGGCUCCCAAGAAGAAGAAGAAGGGAGAGGAGGAAGAGGAGGAGUUUAAGAGCGUCACGGCUCACUUCGCAACCAGCACUUUCGCCCAGCCGAAUUGGCUCCGGUCACUGCUUCGCUCGGGGCAUUUCGUCUUUGACUUGGAGAACUGCCACUUGGCAGUGCUGCGCGAACGCCAUCAGCCAGCGGCCGACUCGGCGCUGGAGACAUACUUCCAGGACAGGGAGCGCAUCCUCCGCGACACACAUGCGGACCGCACCGUGGCCAAACAGCUCUUCCUGCGUCUUCUGUACGGCGGGUCGAUCUUGGCCUGGAAGCGCACGCACCGACUUGGGGAGUUCGCGACAGAGCAGUUUGCCGAGCGGUUCGCAGCAGAGAUGGCUGCCAUGCGGCAGGCUGACUGCCAGAACCACACCCAGCUACUUGCCAAGCUGCGGCAACGGACGGCGCGCCCCGUGGAGUAUUUGCAGUACGCCCUCAACACUGCGCGAGAGAGGGAGCUGAUUGACAAGGUCGUGCUGCUCCUGGGAGAGCAUCACAACGCAGCCGUCCUGGCUUUCGAGCACGACGGGCUGUUCCUCUACUGGCCGGACGAGCCGGCUCUGCAGGCGGCAGCGAGAGUGAUGCGCAGCGGCAGCCCCGGCCUGGAGCGCAUGUUUGACCAGGUGGACUCGCGUUGGCUUGAGCACCACGGUAUCCUGCGCCAAGCCUUCAAAGGUUCGUUGCAGUACCACGGCCUGUUCGGGGAAGUCGUGCUGAGGAGCCCGGCGGUUUCCAGCAAGAUCCCAUACUCGUUGAAGGACAUCUUCAAGUUCAUCGUCGACACUGGUCACAAAGCCUGGUUCAGCGCGAGUGAGAAGAUUCUGAUCCGCGACUUGACGGACUACCACAUCGAAUGGACCACCUCGGAACAGGAUGCAGGGUUUCGGAGCAACACUCGCUGGGAGUUCACUGGCCAGACUUUCCAGAACGGCGUUGUCAACUGGCUGAAAUCGAAUCUGGGAGAGUCCUCCGCUGCCUUCGAU